AUGGUGAUCGACUUCAGGCCGCUGGAGGGCCGUCACGCGGGGGACAAGAUAGCCGAUGAGCUGGAGCAGGUCAUAGGGGAGUGGGCAUUGGGUGGUGGUGAGUUCUUCGGCGUGACCAUGAACAACGCCGAGAACAACAACCGGGCAGUUCGUCUACUGGCCGGCGUCUCUGACCACACACCCGGGUCACGUGCGUGGCCCAUGUCCUGCACAGUGCAGUACGCAAUGGAGGUUGAGCCGGUUGCCCAGGCGCUCCGCAGGCUGCGAGCUGUGGCUAGCCACAUUGGGUGGUCGGUGCAGCGGUCGGAGCGUUUUUUUGACAUCCAGAGACAGUAUGCUGCGACCCGUGCGGCGACACAGGCAGAGAGGGACACCGAAGAGGGGGGGGGAAGGCACGCAGAGGGGGGCACUGCAGAGGGGGGAGGCGAGGCAGGCAGGGGGGGCAACAGUGCGCGGAAGGUACCUGCUGAUUUGCGCCUGAUCGUUGACUCAGAUACGGGCUGGGGUUCCACGCUGGAGAUGGUGGUGAGGGGGUGUGAUCUGCACUGCACAUUCCUCUCACGAUGUACUUCGAUGAGUCCACCGUACCCUAACAUCACCAAGGUCACACGCGAGGCAUGGGCAGCAAUCAGGCUGUCCGAUGCUCACUGGUCAUCCCUCAGCGAGCUGCGUGCUUGCCUCGAGCCGUUUUACCGCAUCAGCCUGUUCGUGGAGGGGUCUUUGUACCCCACCAUGGGAUCGGUUGUGCCGUAG